GUUUUCUCGGAGUAAAAAGGUUUCUCUCUCCUUAACUGGUAGCAAACAUGACUUCGCUGAGCAGCAGACGAUAUUGUGUUUUCCUGUGUGCGAUGAUCCUUCUAUGUGUGGUGGGCUCUUCCGCAGGUGGAAUUACAGGACAUAGCGGAAUCGUACUGCACGUCAACAAAUACGGUCAUUUCAGCGGUCACAGCUCCCACUAUGACUACAGAUUCUACCCAGAGAAGAGCCUCCUGGACCAUCUGAUGGAUCACCACCACAAUCCCUACUCAUACCCAUCAGAAGACCCUUAUGGCUACUCGGGUGAGCAAGAUUUCUAUGGAGACCAUGAGCCACUCUACUACUUCCAGCACGAGCACAUGCCCGCCUAUCACAGGUAACCGGAUGGACAACACGCAACCAUUUUAUGAAUCAUCUUCAUCUUCGGAGUAGCAAAGAAAAAUAUCUUCCGGAUCCAUUCUGUUCUUGUACAUAUCCCAUUUCACCCAUUUAAUAAAGUCAUCAUUAAUUUA